AUGCAGAAGCUCCCCGAAUCGGCCGGCCCCAUCGCCGACGACCCCAAAGCCGAGGUCGACCCGCAUGUUCCGCUAAGCAUUUCGUCUCCGAUCUCCGAUCAUUGCAUCACGCGUCUUCCAAGACCUCUUUUACCUACGCGGAACACUAUUAUUGUCCUCCAGCCGGACCUUCCUCCUACUCCCGCCAUGUUUACCGGACUAGUUGAGGCCAUUGGGACGGUCUCGUCCCUUGAACCUUUCGACACCUCAGCAAGCGGGGGUGAGGGUACAUCUUUGACCAUCACCGAUUGCGAGGAUAUCUUGACCGAUGUGCAAUUGGGCGACAGCAUCAGUGUCAAUGGAGCCUGCCUCACCGUGACAGCCUUCGAAAAGUCCUGGUUCAAAGUUGGCGUGGCCCCCGAAACCCUCCGGCGGACGAACCUUGGCUCCCUCACAGAAACAUCCCAAGUGAACCUCGAGCGCGCCGUGAAAGGCGAGACCCGAAUGGGCGGACACAUUGUGCAGGGCCACGUCGACACAAUCGCGAAAAUCAUUGCCACGACGCCCGAUGAGAACUCGCUCGUCCUUCGUCUGCAGCCGCGCGAUCCUGCGGUCCUGCGGUACAUCGUGGAGAAGGGGUUUAUUACACUUGAUGGGGCGAGUUUGACGAUUACUCAGGUGAAGGAUGGCGAGGACGGGUGGUUUGAGAUUAUGCUUAUUGCCUAUACGCAGGAAAAGAUUGUGACGGCCGCGAAGAAGGUUGGAGAUUUUGUGAAUGUGGAGAUUGAUGUUAUGGCCAAAUACGUUGAGAAGGGCGUGCAGGCGUAUUUUGCUGGCACGGCAGGUGGAAAUAUGAGUAUCUUGGAGAAGAUGGUUGAGCGGAUAGUGGAGGAGAAGCUGAAACAAUGA